AUGGCGCCGGCGACUGUGGGCUCACUCACCGAGGAGUUGAUCACUGCCCUCGUUGGAGUCUUGCCGGCCCAAAAAAAGUCUCCGCACUUUGAGACACUCAAAAGUCGCGUAGGAGAACUACUACGUCCCGGGGUUCAUGGGCGAACUGAUCAAUUUGCAGUGGCCCGCCAGCUGGAUGGCCUGCAGGAGAAGUUCCAGGUGCUGGAUCGUGAUGACUUGGCUGUGGCUCUUCGCAAUCGGCUUGCAGAGUUAGAGACACAUGAUAAUUCCUGGCACCCCGAAAUUCUGAGCUUGCUCCUGCAAUUAUCGGAUCGCCCAGCUCAUCUGUCUAAAGUUGAACGGCUGGAGACACUGGUACCGAUUGCGCCUGCUGAAGAAGCGACGCUAUCAUGGGCAGAUAUCGAUGCUCAUGGAACUGCCUUCAGCGAUGAGGACAUUUGGGAAGAAGUGGACUUUGCUGCCGGCUCUUCGGAUGACGACUUCUCUUCAAUAACUAGCGAGGUAUCCAUUCCUCCGCAAACCGUCACCGAGGCACACAUUACCCCGGAAGUAGAAUACGUUAUGCCAAACGAAAUCUUUAUCCCCGACAGAGAUGAAGGACUCAUUGAAUCCUUGGGUAAAUCCCAAUUUUGGAAUCCCAAAGUUCACACCUCAGCCAUUCAAAAAGAUGGACAUGCAUCUCAAGUCAUCACCGAACUGCAGCUCGCGCGAGAAACGAUUUUCAUGCUACGAGGUCUCCCAACAUCCAUAUUUUGGCGGUUUGAUGGAGAAAUUGAAGUGGAUCAAAGAUAUACACUUGACCAUUCAUCUAGCGUGGCGCUCUCAUUCAUUUUACAGUCCUUCACUCAAAUUGGCAUUAAGUUUGACGCAGUGAGACGCUUUACGGAUACACCUCAGGAUUUGCCUUAUAUGCAGACUUUCUGCAGAGGUAUUGAAGACCACCUGCGUGAGUUUGAUGGAUUUUUGUCUCAAAUAGAAAGGGACUAUCUAUCUGCUGGCUCGACGGUCAGCAUCCUCCAACUGCUUGAUAGUGUGCGCCAGCGCUCCAAUGAUCUACUGCUUCUAUCGGAUUUGAUAUCCAAACUGGGAUCGAACUCGACUGAACCAAUGCGGUGCCUCAAUUUAUUAUAUGAUUUGGUCUGCAUGAUGGAGGCGCUUGGCAAUGAUUCUUCAUGCCAAAUCAUUGCUACUCUUUUCUUCUCUUGCUUCAAAACUUAUACACAAUCUAUUCAGCUAUGGAUGGAGACGGGUCAAGUCGAUCCUUCAGAUACGGCAUUCUUUGUGCGCAAGAAUCAAGAAAAUGGUGACCUAAGAACGCUUUGGCAUGACUGGUUCAUGUUAGAUGAAGGUCUCGACAAACAGAAAAUCCCACGUUUUUUGGAAGCUGGCAUCCGCAGAGUGUUCAAUAUCGGCAAGAGCAUGGUCUUCUUACGUCAUUUGAAUGCAUUGCCAGAUCUCUCGGAAUCUGCUCUAAAGUCCGACACCAUGCUUGACAAGAUGGGUUCCUUGACAUUGUCGUCUUCACUGUCGCUUCCUUUCUCUGCCUUAGUGGAGACUGCUUUCAACCGGCUGGUUGAUGCUAAUCAUUCUAUUAGCGCAGGUCUCCUCCGAACGGAACUUGAUGAACAAUGCGGCCUGUGGGCUUCACUCGACGCUCUGCAACAUACCUAUCUGGCUCAAGACUUGGGUAUCCUCAGUGUGAUUGAUGCUAAGAUUUUUGAGUUAAUGGACCGAGGUCGAUCGUGGGAUGAUAAGUUCCUUCUGACCGAGGUUACGAGGUCGGCGUUUGGAACAAAGCCCUGUAUCGACCUCUCAAGGCUGGUGGUACGAUCAGAUAGAUCCUCCACUCAUGAUUCCCAGGAUCUCACCCGCACAGUCAGAAUACUUGAAACUAUUUCAAUUGACUAUGUACUUCCAUGGCCUGUUGCGAACCUCAUAACACGAGAUGCUAUCCGGUCUUACCGACAAAUUGCAACAUUCCUGAUGCAGAUCAGAAGGUCAAAAUAUGCUGUUGUGAAACGACGUAUACGAGAUGCUCGAAAAGCCUUGGGAGAUGACAGACUCGAUACUCUUGUUUACGCCCUGCAUCAUCAUCUCCUCUGGUUCCUUGAUAUCAUCUACGCACACCUUACGCAUCUUGUCAUUUCUACCGCAAAUCAGUCAUUAAUUUCCGCUCUGUCCAGUGCCCCGGAUGUUGACGCUAUGAUCGCCGCUCAUCGAUGCUAUAUGUCUUCUCUGGAAGAUCAGUGUCUUCUAUCCGACAAUCUUUCACCAAUCCGAGAAGCAAUUAUUAAUCUUCUAGACCUCUGUAUUCACUUUGCAGACUUGCAAGCGGUGCAUGCUGCCGAGAAUGACCUCGUCAAACAGGGUGAUGUUGGUGAAUUGGACGUAUUUCGAAGAAGAAAUAAUGAAGAUUCCGACUAUGAUUCCGACGAGGAAGACGAUUUUGAACACGAGCACACUCUGACAGUGUCAUUCCGAGAGUCUUCCUACGAAUAUCAAAUGCGAGAUCUAAAGCGCAGAUUCGAUCACCUCAUUACCUUCGUUGCCGAUGGCCUCAAAGGUGUUGCUCGCGCGGAUGGUCUACCUAGCUGGAACAUCUUGGCAGAAAAAUUAGAUUGGCGGAAAGGGUGGCAGAAAAUCUAA